AUAAAUCGGCUAACACAUCUAAAACAUGAUUUGGCCGUUUAUAUAAUUGAGAUCAAGAGUUGAGAUUGAGUCUUAUUUUAUAGUAUAAGAUUGAAUCUUAUUUUAGCGCAACCCUAUAUAUAUAUAUAUUUAAAAACAUAUAUUUUUGUUUGUGAACGCACCCUAAUAGGUAACGUUUUGCCGUAUGAUAGGUAACGUUUUUCCGUAUGAAACAGACUCCAAAUUUCUACACAACAAUCCACCACACUUCGCAUCUAGACCCACCACUUCCUUUUGCUGUUGUUUUCUAUCUAAAGCUUUUUUGACUUGUCUCAUGGAAAGACUUGUGGCAUAGACGCAUCAUCUAAAAGUGAAGGUCGGUAGCCUUAAAAUAUCUGUGUAAAUUAUUUAUUCUUGCUGUUAUUAUCAUACUAGUAAAUAGAAUCCCCAUUCCCCACAGCUCCAAUUUAAUUGCAGCCAUGGAGAAAAACUACUACAGCAUUUUUGCAUAUGAUUAUAUAGCAGUUAUUAGGGACUUUAAUCUUAUCAUACCCACCAACACCCACAUCAAUUUGCAGCAAUGAAUAAAAUAUUUUAUUUCAUUUUUGCAUCUACAUUCCUCACCGUAACCUUUCAAACGCCUCCAUGUCUAGCCAUACCAUCUAUGAGCCUUGCCUCUGAUGAAGCUGCGCUUCUUUCUCUCAAAGCCCACAUCACCUCCGACCCUCCUCUCAUGCUUUCAACAAACUGGACCAACUCAAGCUCCGUCUGCAGCUGGAUUGGCGUCUCAUGCAGCUUGCGCCACCAAAGAGUAGCUGCGUUGAAUCUCUCCAACAUGGCUCUCUCCGGCACCAUUCCACCACAGCUCGGACACCUCUCCUUCCUCGUCUCCCUCGACCUCACCAGCAACCAUUUCCAUGGAGACUUGCCUCAAGAGCUGUCUCUCCUUCGCCGUUUGAAGUUCAUAUCUCUCCGGCUCAACAACUUCACCGGAGACAUCCCUCCACUCUUUGGUCGUUUCCCGAAACUAGAGUACUUGAGUUUACGCAACAACAGCUUCAUUGGUUCCAUCCCGAAAUCCCUCUCAAACCUAACAAACCUACAAUUUCUCGACUUAACUUCCAAUUCUCUAAGUGGAGAAAUUCCAAAAGAGUUGGGGAGACUGAAAAGUCUACGAAAUCUGGUGGUUCAAUUCAAUCGCCUCUCCGGUGCUAUACCAUCAGCCGUAUUCAACAUAUCAAGCCUUGUAUCUUUAGCAUUGACAGGCAAUGAACUGAGUGGAAGACUUCCAACAGACAUGUGCCCUAAUCUUCCAUUACUUGAUCGGAUUCUGCUCUCUGAAAAUCAGCUGAGCGGUCCCAUUCCAACAAAUUUUUCCCAAUGUCCACAACUAAAGAGUUUGUCGCUCUCUUACAACUCUUUCAGUGGGCAGAUACCUGCAGAAAUCGGCUACUUAACAUCUCUUCAACGUCUGUAUCUCGGUGCUAACAGUUUGAACGGUACACUACCACAUGAGAUUGGCAAUCUUCAGAGCUUGGUUGAUUUUGGUGUUGAAAGAAAUCAAAUUGCAGGCUCGGUUGAUUUUAGCAUUUUCAUGAAUAUGUCUUCUAUUCAAACCUUAAUACUAUGGCGCAACAAAUUCACUGGGAACCUUUCAAAGGAUGUCCGGAAUCUUACAAUGCUUACAAGCUUACAACUCCACGAAAACUACUUGACAGGGCAUAUUCCCACAGAAGUUGGCCAACUUUAUCAACUGGAGGAACUACUAUUAGAGUCAAACACCUUAAGUGGUUCGAUUCCUCAUGAGCUUUUUAACAUUUCAAAUAUUCGAAUGCUUUCACUUUCUUUCAAUGCUCUGCCAGGCGUUCUUCCAUCCAAUUUAUGCCAUGGCUCUCCCUUCCUCGAACAACUUUUUCUUGGCGGAAAUUCCAUCAGCGGAGCAAUACCAAACUCUAUCUCUAAUUGUUCCCAACUCACAAUCCUCUCACUUUCUGCAAACAAAUUUAGUGGUUAUAUACCUAGUGAUCUCGGCAACCUAAGACUUCUCCAAAGUCUUGAACUGUUCAGCAAUAAUCUUACCCAGGCACCGUCUUCUUCAGUAUUGAGCUUCAUUACUUCAUUGACAAAUUGCAGGUUCCUAACUCGUUUGUUAAUUUCUGAUAAUCCUCUGUAUGGCAUCAUUCCAGCUGCUAUUGGGAAUUUAUCUUAUUCGCUCCAAGGAUUCUAUGCCGGCAGCUGCAAAUUCAGUGGCAGCAUUCCAGUAGAAAUAGGUAAUUUAAGCAGUUUGGUGAGAUUGGAAUUAUCUGACAAUGAGUUAUCCGGUAAUAUCCCACUUACUAUCAAACAUUUGAAUGAGCUUCAAGGCUUAUCUCUAGAUGAUAACAUGUUGGGAGGCUCCAUUCCACAGGCUAUUUGUGAUUUAUACACCUUGAAUUUUUUAAAUAUUAGCCAAAAUCAUUUCUCAGGUCCAAUUCCUAAAUGUUUGGGAAACAUCUCUUCUUUAAGGCUUAUUUUUUUGGACUCCAACAUGUUCAGCUCAAGCAUACCGUCAAGCUUAUGGGGCCUUAAAGAUUUGACGGAUCUUGACUUGUCGUCUAAUUCACUGAGUGGUUUCUUACCUCCAGAGAUAAGUAACUUAGGAGCAGCAAUCUAUAUAAAUCUAGCAAUGAAUCAGUUGUCAGGGUCUAUCCCAAGCACUAUUGGAAUGUUACAGAAUUUGGUUAAUUUGUCUUUGGCAAAUAAUAGACUUGAAGGUUUCAUUCCUUUGUCUGUGGAAAGCAUGAUCAGUUUGGUAUCUCUUGAUUUGUCCUACAACAACCUCUCUGGUUCAAUUCCAAAGUCUUUGGAAGCACUUCAACACCUCGACUACUUGAAUGUCUCUUUCAAUACUUUAAGUGGAGAAAUUCCUAAUGGUGGUUCUUUCAUAAACUUCACCAUGGAUUCUUUUAAAGGUAAUGAGGCAUUAUGUGGAAUUCCAAGGUUCCAUGUCCCAAUCUGCCCUGCAGUUUCUAAUCCUAGAUUAAAGAGGAAGAAGGUGAAACUAGCUUCAUUUAUUGGUGUAGGGGUUGUGGCUUUGAUUAUAGUAGUUUCUUUGGCCUUUAUCUUUGUUAGGUACAAAAGAAAUGAUAAUCAAACUAGGAGAGUUGAAGAGUUGGUACCCACUGUGUUUGGAAGAAUUUCUUAUUAUGAACUUGUGCAUGGAACCGAACAAUUCAAUGAAAGCAAUCUACUUGGAACCGGGAGUUCUUGCUCUGUUUACAAAGGACUUUUAAACAAUGGGAAGGUUGUCGCUGUCAAGGUGUUUAAUAUGCAACUAGAAGGUAUAUUAAAAAGAUUUGAUGUUGAAUGUGAGAUACUGCGUAACAUUCGACAUAGGAAUCUGACUAGUGUCAUAAGCAGUUGCUCCAAUGAAGAAUUCAAGGCAUUAGUACUAGAAUAUAUGCCAAACGGAAACCUUGAGAAAUGGUUAUAUUCCCACAACUAUUGCUUGAAUGUGUUGGAAAGAUUAAACAUAAUGAUUGAUGUUGCAAGUGCUAUGGAGUAUCUUCACUAUGGUUAUUCAACACCCAUUGUUCACAGCGACUUGAAGCCUAGUAAUGUGUUGUUAGAUGAAGACAUGGUUGCCCACGUAAGAGAUUUUGGGAUAGCAAAGUUAUUGUGCAAUGGGGAUAGCUUUGCCUUAACCAACACCUUAGGAACCUUGGGUUACAUUGCUCCAGAGUACGGUUUGGAAGGGCUAGUUUCGACAAUGUGUGAUGUGUACAGCUACGGAGUGAUGUUGCUCGAAACUUUUACAAGAAAAAGGCCCAGUGACGAUAUGUUUGGCGGAGAUUUGAGCUUAAAGAGAUGGGUUGAACUCUCACUUCCGAAGAUGCCGGAUAAAGUGAUAGAUGUUAACUUAUUAAUGAAUUUCGAGGAAGAACAGACUGACAAGAAUCUGCUGAGUGUAUCAUCAAUACUUGAAUUGGCUUUGAAAUGCUCUGCGGACUCUCCUAUGGAUAGAAUUAACAUGAAAGAAGCAAAUGCAGAAUUGCAGAAAAUCAGACUUUCGAUUUUCCCAAUGAGAUCCAAGUAAGCUAUUUUAAAGCGCUCUCUCUUUACAAGGUACUAUUCGUAGUGUGAUGUAUACUGAAAUACAUUUCGGCUAAGCAUUUUGUCGAACAUCAUGAAUUCACUCUUUGGUAAGGAAGAAUCCAGCAUUUUUGUGCCAACGAAAA